CACUACUUCCUGUUAAGGAAGCGCAGUCAGCUGUCACAAUCUGAGAGGCGAGAAGAGGGAGCACAGGCGAGAAGAAACACAAAAGCCAAAAUGUCCAGCUUUUCCACCAAGUUCGGCGGCUACACGAUGACUCAGCUUAAUGAAUUUCUAGAGGACGACGAAAAACUCUUAAAAAUGGUUCAGGAGAUGGAUGAGGUCCAGGAGGUCCAGCAGAACAAGGAGAAGACCCUAGCCAAUAACCGAACCCUGGCCGAACAAAACCUGACCCUGCAGCCCCAACUGGAGCACAAGAAGGAGCAGCUCACCAAGACCUACAGCUGCCUUCAGGAGAACUUUGAGUCCUAUCAGCUCCGCAAGUCCAAGCUAGACCACAAGUCAGGAGCCACCUCCCUGGACAUUCUGCUGGCCCUGCUGCAGGCAGAGGGAGCCAAAAUAGAAGAAGAGACAGAGAACAUGGCUGACUCUUUCCUGGACGGUGACAUGACCCUGGACGCCUUUGUCGAUUCCUACCAGAACAAGAGGAAGCUGGCCCACCUGAGACGAGUGAAGAUUGAGAAGCUGCAGGAGAUUGUUCAGAAGGGCCAGCACCUCCUCCUCCCACAGGCUGCUGCCGCGCCCUCCUCCCGACCUCAGGACUUGCCUGCCGUGUCCUCCCUUCUCGCCGACAGCAACAGCAGCAACUCCUCUCCGGUUGCCCAGCCCAGAAGGAAACCUCCCGCCCCUCCAUCCCAGCCACCUCCUGUUCUAAGCUCAAUUCCAACCGCUGCCCCCCAGCCUCCUUUCUUCUGCCCGCCGUCUCAGUACCCACCCAUCCCUCCCAGAACAGGGCAGCCCUUCCCCAGCGUCUCUACCGGAUAUCCCAGCUCCUAUAUCUCUCAGUACCCUCCUGCUUUGCCUCAGAGGCCCCCGCCUCGCUUGGCCCCGCAGCCUGGGUUCAUCAUUCAAUAAGCUCAAAUUAAAAAGAAAAAAAAAAAAACAUCCCUUUAGAGGUUCUAGUGUUUAUUACAAACAUUUAACAACUGGAACUCCUUCAGAGAACAAUGUUUCUUAUCUCAUCCGCCUUCUCGGAUUACGCCCCAAUCUCAACACCAGAAAGGAAGAUGCACAUGGGUUGGUCUGGGUGCGUUCAUAUAAGGCAUAUCUCCUAUAACCUGUGUGGAUUACUACUCGCUCCCAUCAGCAGCACUCCCAUCGAAAGUUAAGAAAC